AUAUGUGUCCUUUGAUAUUUUCACAACUAAAACACUUAUUUUUUUUUUCUACAUUUAUGUCUUAUACAGUGACAGUGUUACCUUGAACAGUGAUCAGUGAUUUAGAAAAGAAGUCACAGUGAUAUUUUUUCAUAAACAAAAUAUUGUUGUUAUUAAAUAGCUGUGUUUGAAUGCGCUGAAGUGAAAUUUUGAGGUUAUGGCGGAAGAUAAGCGAUCAAGCGCGGGGCUACUUGCACCACAGCUCACGUGCCAGAGUUCAUCCCCGCCGACCGCUGCGUCCGCGCCGCCGCUGCCCGCGCCUGCGUCGCCCCCGCGCGUCACCUCCGCCCCACCAACCCACCAACCCCACCCCCAUCAAACCCACCAACCUAAUCAAUCACCCCCGGAUACUGUCCCGCAACCCGCGCAAGAAGAUGGCGUCAGAUUACGCAGGGCGCAUACCAUUGCUGUCAGAGACUACCUCAAGAGGGAAACUCAGACGUUUUUUGGGGUUCAAAGGGACAAUGAAAGGGAACAAAGGAGGCUGUGGUAUGAGAGGCGGAGGCGGCACGCGGCGCGGGCGCUCGGCGACCUCCGGCUGGACCUCCCACCGGACCACCAUCCUGACGAUGAUGAUGUUAGUAUGUACGGAGCAUCAGGCGCCGCCCCGAGAGAGGCGCGGGGGCGCGUGCGCGAGCGGCCCGACGUGUUACCGGCGCCUGCGUCGCUGGAGGACGCGCCGCUCCCCACCCCGCGCACCGGCAAGGACAGCGUCGCGCGGCUCACGCUCACCGGCCUCUCUUAUGUUGUUACUGCGGUGACGCGUCGCUCGCGGCAGUCGACGUCUGCGCAGUGGUCGCGCUCCUUUCGAGGCAGCCCGAGCACGCCCGUCGACGACGCCGAUGUUGACGACGUGUUCUUCUCUGCACCCACCUCCUCCACACCGAUCACCCACCACGACGACGCCGAUCCUGGCGGGGAUAAAGGCGCCCGGUCUCCGGUGGGUUCGAGUGAGGUGCAGUACCGAAGGCCGGAGCGGAGUGUGUCGUGGGGCGCGGGGGGUGCGCGGAUCCAUACGCCCAUGCUGGAGCCUCUAGCUGAUAACUCCAACCGGAGGCAGUUCGGCAUGGGCGUCGUCGGACGGUUCUUUAGGCGUUCGCUACGCAAGUCGGUGACUCAUCAGGAAGACGUGGCUCGACAGUUGGAUGAGCUGACGGACUACAGACCGUACUUCACGUGGUGGGUCAGCACGGUACAGACGUUGGUGCUGCUGCUGUCUCUACUCUGUUACGGGUUUGGACCUGUGGGCUUCGGACGCCACACGCACUCUGGACAGGUGCUGGUCAAGAGCUUGAGUUUGCAGCAGGUGGAGUGGGAGGAGCCAGCGUCGUUUUGGCUAGGUCCUCGGGCGGCGGACCUGAUACAUUUAGGAGCAAAAUUCGCGCCCUGCAUGAGGAGGGACGCAAGGAUAGCACGAGCUAUCGCAGCAUCGGCAAGGAGGGAAAGAGACACAGCAUGUUGCAUACGAAACGAUGACUCGGGAUGUGUACAGUCGUCUAAGGCUGAUUGUUCGAAUACGAUAUCAACGUGGAAAAAGUGGUCUUCAGGCGAGUCGGGGCCUGGUGGUCGGAUAUCAGGGUCAGUUUGCGGAUUAGAUCCCAAGUUUUGCGAAGCGCCUCGGUCGAUAGCGCCGCACGAGUGGCCAGAUGACAUAACGAAAUGGCCGAUAUGUCGGAAGUCCGUACUAGACGGAUCUGCGGCAGCUGGUAGAGCAGGGCACGCGGCAGAACACAUGGCCUGUGAAGUCAUUGGCCACCCCUGCUGCAUAGGAGUACAUGGACAAUGCGUCAUAACCACGAGAGAACAUUGUGACUUCGUCAAAGGCUACUUUCAUGAAGAAGCGUCGUUAUGCUCACAGGUUUCGUGUCUAGACGACGUCUGUGGGAUGUUGCCCUUCAUGAGACGAAGACGACCAGACCAGUUAUAUAGAGCUUGGACGUCGUUAUUUGUACACGCUGGUCUCCUACACCUGGCAGGGACAUUGGCAUUGCAAUGGCUCUUCAUGAGGGACCUUGAGAAAAUGGCUGGUCCUGUGAGGAUAGCUAUUAUAUACCUGGGCAGUGGCGUGGCGGGAAAUAUGGCAUCGGCUAUCUUUGAACCGUAUAGAGCUGAGGUGGGUCCGGCUGGAGCUCACUUCGGUUUACUGGCGUGUCUGAUAGUGGAAGUGAUAGGUGCGUGGCCUCUCCUACGACACCCUCGCCGCGCGAUCCUCAAGUUAAUAGGCAUCGCUGUAGCCCUUUUCCUCCUGGGCCUUCUACCCUGGAUUGACAACUUUGCCCACGUAUUCGGUUUCGUAUUCGGAUUCCUCCUAGCAUACGCGUUGUUGCCAUUCAUAACAUUCGGGCCGUACGAACGUCGUCGCAAGAUCGUUCUAGUGUGGGUGUGUUUAGUGUCGGCGGGCGGGAUGUUGUGCGCGUUGGUGGCAUUGUUUUACGCGGCGCCUGCGUACGAGUGUGCGGCUUGUGCGUAUUUCACUUGUUUGCCGUUCGCACCGGACAUGUGUGCGUCGCAGGACGUGCGCGUGCGGCAGCUGGACGGGGUAUGA